UAGUAUUUUAUAUAGAUCGUGAUUGAAACAAAUAUAUAUCAUAUAUUAAUGUUCGUGAUAUAAUUAAAAAUAGAAAUCAAUGGCCGAUACGUACGACUCAUUAAACGCAUUGAAAUACCUGAACGCAGUCGUCAACGAAACCAUACGACUAUAUCAAGGCUCCAAAAUGGAGAGGAUUCCCUCCGUGGACUACGUGCUUAAAGGCACCGGUAUUACCAUCAAAAAGGGUCACGUGGUGCAAAUCCCAACGUUCGCCAUGCAUAGAGACCCGGCUAAUUUUGCCGAUCCGGACACUUUUCGACCGGAAAGGUUUCUACCGGAAAAUAUUGCUCACAAUCCUUAUACGUAUUUGCCGUUUGGGGUCGGCCCCCGAAACUGUAUUGGCAUGUAUAUGGUUAAGUGGAUGGUCAAAUUGGCCCUGGUCAGUCUGGUUCAGCGAUACGUUUUUUACCCUACAGAGAAACCUGUUGAGUUUUAUGUGGUCAAUGGUGGACUCAUGCCGAAAUCUGUUUUCUUAAAAAUUGGUAAACGUGUGUGGGUGCAGCACCUCCUAUGGGAUGGACUCGAUCACUGUUUGUGUCGGACUUUCCGACAUAAGCCGAUAUAA